UUAGUUAUGAAAACAAAAGUAUUGUAACAGAUGGCACCUUGGAAACCUCAUAACGGAGAAUGGAACGAGAAGGCACAGCUUAUCACAUAAACAGGGCAGAUGGGGAAAGGCUGUCAACGAAUGAUUUUCCACACACACAUGGACGCACACCCUCUCACACUCUGGGCGCUGCUGGGGGGGAUAUAUAAGAACUCACCAGGAGGGUCUAACACCCACUAGAUUUCUCUGAGGGGCCGCUUGCAGUUUGAGUUUUCUCUCCCAGAGAUCUAUCAGCAGGAAUCUUACAUGCCCUCUGAGUGCCAGAGAGAAUUACAUUUUUUGGGCAAAGGAUGCUUUUCCUUAAAGCUUGGAUGAUUUUUUUUGAUGCCCAAUCUCUAGAACAAGAGAUGAAACCAAGUCUAAGGAUGUAAUCUUGCAGUAAGGACAAUUUAUUUCCAAAACAUCUUGGAAUUUUUUUAGAUAAUUUUCCUGAACAAAAGUUUUACCAAAUAGGACAACGAACUGUUUUUGACCAAAAAUGGAAACAGCAAUACCUUUAGGAAUAUUUUAUGAUAAUGUGUCAAUUCUGGAUCUGGACAGUACUUCAAUAAACAACAUUUACAUUCACAAGGAUUUUGAUGCCUUCAGCGUUACCAUGGCCAUCCUCUACCUGACAGUAUGCAUUGUGGGAUUGGGCGGGAACUCCCUGGUCAUCAUAAGCAUCCUAAAGCUUGACAAAAUGUCAUCUGCCACCACUGUCUACAUUUUCAACCUGGCUUUGGCUGAUGGCCUCUUUAUGAUAGGACUUCCCUUCAUCGCUAUCCAAAACUUCCAGGACCAGUGGAUCUUUGGAGACGUGGUCUGUAAACUGGUUAUGGUACUGGAUGGUAUCAACCAGUUCACUAGCGUGUUCUGCCUAACUGUGAUGAGCGUUGACCGAUACAUGGCUCUCGUAGAUCCACUGCGCUUCGCUCGCUGGCGGACACCCCAAAGGGCAAAAGUCAUUGCUGCUUUGAUGUGGUUUAUCUCCCUUUUUCCUGUUAUACCCAUGGCAAUUCACUUUUCAGCCAACUAUGGUCUGUGCACCAUAGACCCCCAUGUGGCCUCUGACACUUGGUGGUUAACCUUUCUCAUCUACACCUUCAUACUCGGCUUUGCUCUGCCAUUCACCGUUAUGAUUGUAUUUUACACAGCACUGGUGGUGACUCUAAAAAACGCCAACAGGCAACACGGUGGCAGUUCCUCCUCUCUUGAGAGCCACAGGUUGGAGAAGCAGGUCACCAAGAUGGUGGUGGCAGUUGUUGUGGUAUUUGGAGUUUGCUGGCUGCCGUUCUACGUCUUCAACUUUUGUUCUCUGAACCAAACAGACUUGGUACUCAACUUCACCCGCGGUUUUGAGUUUGUGGUGCUGCUGUCCUACUCAUGGAGCUGCGCCAAUCCCAUACUGUACGCAUGUCUGUCAGAGACGUUCCGGAGGCAUUUCCACGCACUAUUCUGCCCUCACAAGAGCUCUCCCACACAUUGCGGCAGAGACACAGAGGGAUACGUUCUGCACGACACUAACAUACAAGAUGUGAGUGUGUUAGCUUAAGCUGCCCUUGACAACAUUCAUGUUUUAGUGCUUGUGGAACAAUGCACGCUAUUGUAAAAAGCCAAUCCUCGCUUUGGCGCUUCCAGAGCCGUCAAUUUAACAUCUAAUUUUUGUAGUUUACUUAAAAUCUGUGAAGCAUUGCUUUUACUACUAAGCAUUAGAAAAUAACCUCUACAGUAGAGACAUCGCAAGUGGAACAUGAUAAAUCAUUCUGCUGCAACGGUUUCAUGAUGGCAGUAUCACAAAAGCAAAGUUGACUUAGGAACCAAAAGUUUACUCUGUGUCUCCACGCAAUAGAAGGACCAUGUAAGGGUGAUUAUGCGAUUUCUGCCCCUCAACAAGUCCUUUCGAGUUGAUUGUAGAUUUUUGGAUAAUGUCAUGGUUGUCAUGGCAUCCGGUUUGGAUUGAAUUAUGUGUGAUGGGAUUCUAGUGUGACUGUUGCCACAUGAUAAAUCACUUCAGAAAGUGGUUGUAAAACAGCUGAUGAAUUGGAUGUUAAUAACCAACACUCCCAUGCUUUAAAAUGGGGUGUUUAUAGUUAUUGAAAAUUAUCUACAGGGUAUUAUUAUAUUUUUAUUAUUUUAAUAAGAUUUUAUUGCAAAUUAUUUGUUAUGGAAAUAUGUUUCCAAAUAUUGUGAAAGAGGUCCAAAAUAUUUUGAUCAUAAAUGGAUCAAUGUAUCAUAAUAUUUUGCCUUGCAAUUUCAGUAUAUUUUUAACAACAUUUUACUUUAUUGCAUAGGAUUUGCAAAUAAUCAACCAAAAACAUAGUUUUUAUUAUUUCAUGUAUUAUUAUACCAUACCAUAUGUGAAUUAUCAUUGUUCAUGAACAUUAAAAUGUCCAUCUAAUGACAGAAUGUAUUAUUAUUUUCUUUUUUAAGCUUUUCUUUAAACGCUUACCCACAAUAACCUACCAAAAUUGUAUCUGAGGUUUUUCAAACUUUCCAGAAAAAAAAUCAACUGCCUCCACUUUGAACGGUUAAGAAACGAUAAACCUCUUACGAGUUUUAGAAGGAAAAAUAUAUCUAUCUUCUACAUGAAGUUUGUCUCAGGUUGACAUUAAAAUCAAGAAAUAUACUGAGUAAUUGAAACCCAGCUGGUCUUUCUCACACAUCUGGCUACAUUUAAAAUGCGAACAUGUUUUUGCCCCAGUUUUAUAAGCAGCCAAGGUGCUUAUAACAUGCCUUUCCUUUUUAUUAUCCAUGGUUAAAGGAGACUCUAUAAUAAAAUGUAAAAGCCAA